AAACCCCUUCUUCGUUUGUACUCAAUCCCAUCUCUUCAUCUUUUCUCUAGCUGAUCAAAUCUGAAGUUGUCCUCUCAUCUCCUAUCAACUACUUUCAUCCCUACUUCCUUCAAACAUCCCAAGCGUCUUUCAUCUUAAAAAAAACCCCAAAAUUCUUUACCAUAUCCCACUAUCCCCUCAAGUUCUAUAGCCCUAGAUCUCUUCCCUUUCCCAACCACAGCUGCUCCCUAAUGAAAGAUCAAGAAUAAAUUCAGGAGCCACGAAGCAUAGGGAAAUACAAAUUAUGAUUAAAUAAAGGAAUUUCAGAAUUAUUGAACAUGGAAAUAUGUGAGUGAUGGGAAGAUCAAAUUUGUGGUCUUGUGGCUGACUGAGGUGGUCUGGAGAAAUAUGUCAUGGCAUUUAAGAUGGAAGAACUGGGAAGUUAUGGAAUUUGAAGAAACAUCAACGUGUAUUUUGAAGUCUGUUGGUAUGAGGACUUCAGUUGAAGAUGAAGAUGAAUAUAAGCCAGUUUCUGUGGAGGGAGAAUGAGAUGGUACAUAAUGCCUUUUGGGAUCUAGAUUGAGUGAGAGACUUAAAUAGCAUGAUCUUCAAAACGUGAGAGGUUGCUGAUUGAUGAUGGCUAAGGGAGAAGUCUGAAAUUGGCAAGAGAGAAAACAAGUUAAUUUUGUGGGAGUAAGGAGAGACAAUGUAUAGUCUGUGCCAUAAGAGGUCCAGGGAAUGCAACAUCACCCAAAGAGAAGAGAUCUCUGAGUGAGGUGGAAGAAAAGGUCCAAAAUGAAGAGAAGUUUCAUGAUGGUACUAUGGUGGGGUGAACAUAACUUGAGUGGAAUGGGGCUGAAGCCCAAGAGGAUGAGAAAACAGGAUUAAAAGAACAGCCUUGGAUAGAACCUUGGGGAAUCAUCCAGUCACAGGACAGGAUAUAUGGGUAACAAGCUAGCAAAGGAGAUUGGAGGAGCAGACAAUGAGGUAGGAAAACCAGAAGUGGUGUUAGGAAAAUUCUAAUCUAGAGAGUAUUUAGGGGAGGGUGGUUAACAGGCUCAAAAGCUAAAGUGGUGGGAUAGGGGCAUCACCAGGGGCAGAAGUUUGCUGACCAUAAAUGGUAAAAGCCUGCCUUGUGGUUGAGAGAUGUGAAUUUUCAAGGUCUAGCCUUUGCCCUUGAGCUCUCAAUUCCCUGGCAGAGUGGCAGGUAUUUGUUUUUUGAGUUAGCUGGAAGGUACUUUCUCUGAAGCAAACUCAGAUGGGAAGAGGCCCUUAUCAAUGGGUUUAGAGUUGUUAAAAACCAUAGAAAUAAUUUCCUUCAAAUCCUUUAGUAUAUCAGUGAGAAAAGUCACAGAUAGGUGAUGUGCUUUGCCAAAAAUUACACUGUAGCAAUAAAGCUGAGAUUUUAAGCCAUAUCCCUAGAAGAGGUUGUUUGUUGGUAGUUACUACUCAUGUUCCAUUCAGGAAACAGGCUGAGAAAACGCAAAAUUAUUUUACCCACAGUCAACAAGCAUUUAUUAACCAUCCACUAUGUGCCAGGCGUUGUGCGGAGGGCGGGGAGAGGGGCAGGAGCGGGGCUCACAGUCCACUCGUAAGACCACGCGAAACUAUGGAUAAACUAGGUGUAGACAGGUUAAAUGGACCGCUAUCACUGGAGUGAGGGGAGGCCCCCAGCAGAAAGUGGGCCUGCAGCGGUGAAGGCAGCCCUUGUGCCCCUCUUCCUCGUCGCUGCACCACAGGCUUUCCGGGAGGGCCAGGGAGACAAUUCGAUAUCACCCAGCUCGGGCUUUUCAGGGCCUACCUAGUUCCUAAAUUCGCCGACAGAGAAAAGACCCCAAUGCGCUUGCCAACUGAAGCCGGAAGGCUCCACGUGACACUGGGCGCGGCCUCUUUAAGAGGGAUCCACCUUUUCCUUCCUCCUCGUGCGCGUGCGCGUGCCGUGCCCGUCGGCUCCCACCGCUGCCGCCAUCAUGAUCUGCCUGGUGCUGACCAUCUUUGCCAACAUCUUUCCCUCAGCCUGGACCGGCCUGAAUGAGCGUACCUUUCUGGCUAUCAAACCCGAUGGCUUUCAGCGGCGCCUCGUGGGCGAGAUCAUACGGCGCUUCGAGAAGAAGGGUUUCAAGUUGGUGGGGCUGAAGCUGGUGCAGGCCUCCGAGGACCUGCUGCGGGAGCACUACUCGGCGCUGCGGGACCGGCCUUUCUACAGCCGUUUGGUCAAGUAUAUGAGCUCUGGCCCCGUGGUUGCCAUGGUGUGGCAGGGGCUGGAUGUAGUGCGCUCUUCUCGGGCGCUCAUCGGAGCCACCAACCCUGCUGACUCCGCACCCGGCACCAUCCGUGGAGAUUUCUGUAUUGAAGUGGAAACGUCAUUCAUGGCAGCGACUCUGUGGACAGUGCCCGCCGGGAGAUUGCCCUCUGGUUCCAUGCGGAUGAGCUGCAGUGCUGGGAAGACGGCGCCGAACGGUGGCUCUAUGAGUAGCUAAGCCCUGCCUCGGGUCGGGUGGGGGGGCUGCUAGAGAGCUUCCUUGGGGUAUGCCUGGGAAGAGAGGGGCUUUGCUUUUGCAUCUGAAGCCCCCUCCAGGGCAUGAUCAAAUCCAUUCCUUGUCUUAAGCCCCUACUUUGUAAAUGGAGACCUGAAUGGAGUAUUUCUGUAGGAAAUUUUUCUCCUGGGUUGCUUUGCUGCACACAAUCCGGGUAGUUUGCAGGGAGGGGUAGAGGCUCUCCUGGUGUUUGGCCUGGGAAUGAGGAAAACCUUAGACCCCAGAGCUAAGCCCUGUAGAUUGCCAGUCCUAAGGCCAGGGGACCAAGGUCAUCCUUUGGGAGAUGGGAACCAGGAGAUACUGAUAAUUGAGCAUACUUUGUUCUAGCAGGUCUGUGUGGUCUUUGUCUAUCAGUAAUGGGUCAUUUAGCAGUCAGUAUGGCCAGAAUAUUGUUUUGAAUGUUGAAGGAGCUUCCCCUCCUCCCCCUGAGCCUGGCUGGGAUAGCCACUUAGGGUAGCCGGUGUAAGCAGAGCCUGAGGAAGGGCAGUGACAAGCUAGACAGAGAAUCCUCCAACUCUCUGAUGGCCAGGGUGGGACCUGAAUUGAAUCCUCUUCCCUUUGAGCUGCAGCCCUUCUCCCUUCCUAGGAUAGGAUGUUUAUGGCAUAAGGGAAAUGCAACAGCUUUUAAAGAAUAAUAAAUUAUGUAAAACCUU